AUGGGUAUUAAAGGAUUAACGGCAAUCAUCUCCGAGAACGCACCACUUGCCAUUAGAAAGAGUGAAAUUAAAGCGUUCUUCGGACGUAAAGUAGCCAUCGAUGCAUCCAUGUCUCUUUAUCAAUUUCUUAUUGCCGUGAGACAACAAGAUGGAGGACAAUUGACCAAUGAGGCUGGCGAGACCACAUCUCAUCUGAUGGGGAUGUUUUAUAGAACUUUGAGAAUGAUUGAUAAUGGGAUAAAACCUUGUUAUGUGUUUGAUGGUAAACCACCAACCUUAAAAUCUCAUGAAUUAAGUAAGAGAACGAGUAGAAGAGAAGAAACUGAAAAGAAAUUAGCUGAAGCUGUGGAUCAAGCUGAAAAAAUGAAGCAGGAAAGAAGGUUAGUCAAAGUUUCUAAGGAACAUAAUGAUGAAGCUAAGAAAUUAUUAGAAUUGAUGGGGAUCCCAUAUGUUAAUGCACCUGGUGAAGCUGAAUCACAAUGUGCCGAAUUAGCAAAGAAGGGGAAGGUAUAUGCAGCUGCCAGUGAAGAUAUGGAUACUUUAUGUUAUAGGACACCUUACCUUUUAAGACACCUGACGUUUUCUGAGGCUAAGAAAGAACCAAUCCAAGAAAUUAAUACUGAACAAGUUCUACAAGGUUUGGAUUUGACUUUAGAACAAUUUAUAGAUUUAGGAAUAAUGUUAGGUUGUGAUUAUUGUGAUAACAUUAGAGGUGUGGGACCAGUGACAGCCUUGAAAUUAAUCAAAGAACAUGGUUCAUUGGAAAAAAUUGUUGAAUUUAUUGAAUCGGAUGAAGGGAACAAAAAAUGGAAAGUACCAGAAAACUGGCCUUAUAAGGAAGCUAGAGAAUUAUUUUUGAAGCCAGAUGUCAUUGAUGGAGAUGAAAUAACACUAAAAUGGCAACCACCGAAGGAACAAGAAUUGAUAGACUACUUGUGUGGUGAAAAAUUAUUCAAUGAGGAAAGAGUCAAAUCUGGUAUCAAGCGUUUGCAAAAGGGUUUAAAAUCAGGUGUUCAAGGAAGACUAGAUGGGUUUUUCAAAGUGGUCCCCAAGACAAAGGAACAAUUGGCAGCAGCAGCUGCAAAGGCCAAGGCUGCCAAAAAAAGCAAGGGAAAGGGUAAAAUUGCCAAAAGGAGAUAA